AUGUUUCACAGACUGGCCUCUCCGCUCAUUGCGGCAUUAGUCCUGUCUCAAUCCGUCCUCAGUUUCCCUUUAACUAGAAGACUGGAUAACGGCUCGCCUCUCCGGAACGUACAAUACGUCCAGACUUUCACAGAUCGCAGUGGCAAUUGGUUCAAUCUGACUGACCUGGUGACUCAAGACACCGGUGUUACACAUAUUAUCCUUGCAUCGUUGCAUCUGGACAAUCCGACAGAGAUCCAUUUGAAUGAUAACGAUAUCGAGUCUGCCUAUUGGGACCCGUUGUGGCCCAUGGUAUCGUCACUGCAGGCCGCGGGAGUCAAGGUUAUGCUAAUGAUGGGCGGUGCUGCUCGAGGCAGUUAUGCCAACCUCCAAAACGACUUCGACACAUAUUACCCCAUCAUCUUAUCAAUUCUCAAAAACCACAACCUUGACGGCUUCGACAUGGAUGUUGAAGAAAACGUCUCAGAGUCCGUCCUGCUCAGACUCGCACAACAACUUGAUGCCGACAUGGGCACUGACUUCAUCUUAACCGCUGCGCCUGUGGCUCUAUCCAUGUCCAACAGCGGAAACCUGGAUAAUGUAAGCUGGCCUGCAUUGGACCAAGUAGCCACCAGCUCAACACGGCCCAACGGGAAAUUAUUCAGUUGGUACAACACUCAGUUCUAUGACGGCUGGGGUACUGCUGCAUCGACCAAUUCAUAUGAUACUGUCAUCGGUGCGGGUUGGGAUCCGAGUCGUAUUGUUUUGGGUGUUCUUACCGCUGCUACUGCUGGAAAUUCAUGGCAGCCAACUACAGUAUUGUCAACCACUAUUGCAAGUCUAAAGGCUAAGUAUGCGAACUUUGGUGGUGUCUUUGGUUGGGAAUAUGGGUUGGCGGGAGAGAGUGACGGUCAAACGCCGGUCGAAUGGGUGGGUGCAAUAGGUAGUUACUUAGCUGCGUAG